AUGGCCGGCGAGCGGACCCGCAGGUUCACCCGGAGCCUUCUGCGACCCGGGCAGGCGGCCGAGCUCCGGCACAGCGCCGCGUCCGCCGCCGCCGUGGCAGUCAGCAGCCGGCAGCAGCAGCGGCCCGCCCCCAGCCUCCUCGCCCUGCGCCCUGCGCCCCGCCGCACCACCUCCGCGAGGCAGCGAUGCCGACGCCUGGGGACCGGGGACACUCGGAGGAGAGACCGCGCGGACCGCAGUAGCGCAGCGUGGGAGAGGAUGUGCCUGGGUUGGAGGCAUGGGGGCGGUGAGGAGGUGACGGGAACGCAUCACGAGUCACACCGGUGCUAG